CAUCGGAAUCGCCAUCGUCGACGCCGUGCGAUAAGUACCUGCUGCCCCGGCUCCGGUCCCUCGUGGUCCGUCGUCGCGCCGUCCGUCCGAGAAGCAAGAUGAACUGCCCCUCCUCCUUCUGCGGCGUCUCUCCUCCGGUCCUCGCCAAUCCCCGGGGUGAAUUCGCUGCUAGUUGCUCCACAAGAAUAACUCAGAAGGUGCAUUUCUUCGGUUCAAGGCCAUCCUCCCAAAUCAUCUACAGCCCAACAUCAUCGCAUUUGUCACGGAGAGCUGUAAUCGCCUUGGCCGGAAAGCAAUCUUGGGAUAUCGGCAGGUUUGCCAAGACUCUGUUUUUCUUCAACGGGCCUCCGAACCCUCUCAAGAUUGUGGAGUCCAUAAUGAGCAGCAUCACAGCCUCUGCUCCUACCGAGGCGCCGAAGAAAGCAGAGACUUCUGAUGUGGUGCUUGUCACCGGAGCUACCGGCGGCGUCGGACGAAGAGUCGUCGAUGUCCUGCGGAAGAAUGGGGUGCCUGUCCGAGUAUUGGUUAGAAAUGCAGAGAAGGCGAGGACAAUGUUGGGGCCAGAUGUGGACUUGAUCAUAGGAGAUGUUACAAAGGGAGACACGCUCGAUCCUAAGUACUUCAAAGGGAUUAAGAAAGUCAUCAAUGCAGUUUCAGUCAUAGUAGGGCCAAAGGAAGGUGAUACACCGGACAGGCAGAAGUAUUCGCAAGGCAUCAAGUUUUUUGAACCCGAGAUCAAAGGACCAUCACCUGAAAUGGUAGAGUACCUUGGUAUGCAAAACUUGAUUAAUGCUGUGAAGGAAAGUGUUGGGCUGAGCGAAGGGAAACUGCUAUUUGGAUUCAAAGGCAAUUUAUGUGGAAAGUUUGUGUGGGGAGCACUUGACGAUGUUGUAAUGGGCGGUGUUAGUGAAAGUGCAUUCCAAAUCCAAUCAACAGGAAGUGAAACUGGUGAAGCAACUGGAUUAUUCAAAGGUACCGUGUCUACUUCAAAUAACGGUGGCUUCACUAGUAUAAGGACAAAGAAUUUUACCGUGCCCGAGGACCUGUCGCCAUACGAUGGUGUUGAACUACGAGUUAAGGGCGAUGGCCGGAGGUACAAACUUAUCAUAAGAACUAGCUACGAAUGGGAUACUAUUGGCUACACUGCAAGCUUCGACACCACAAAGGGCGAAUGGCAAAGCGUUAGAAUACCUUUCUCUUCUCUGAUACCGGUAUUUCGUGCCCGUACCGCAACUGAUGCUCCGCCCUUUGAUGCAAGCAAUAUCACUGCACUACAGCUCAUGUUCAGCAAGUUUGAAUACGACGGAAAGCUCAACCCAACAUUUGCAGAAGGUCAAUUUGAGCUUCCUUUUUCAAGCAUUAGAGCAUACAUAAAUGAGCCAAUUACUCCAAGGUUUGUUCAUGUGAGCUCUGCAGGAGUUACAAGACCUGAAAGACCAGGGCUAGAUCUAAGCAAACAACCCCCCGCCGUCCGCAUGAACAAAGAGCUUGGUUCCAUUCUAACUUACAAGUUGAAGGGAGAGGAUUUAAUUCGGGAAAGUGGCGUGCCCUACACUAUCGUGCGGCCAUGUGCUCUAACUGAGGAGCCAGCUGGAGCUGACCUCAUAUUUGAACAGGGGGAUAAUAUCACUGGAAAGAUAUCACGGGAAGAAGUUGCCCGCCUUUGUGUCGCGGCUCUAGCAAGCCCAAGUGCAGUGGGGAAGACUUUUGAGGUCAAGAGCACCGUUCCAUUUAGCGAGCCGUUCGUUAUCGAUCCUUCGAACCCUCCUCCCGAGAAGGACUACGAAGUGUACUUCAAAGAGCUCAAAGACGGCAUCACGGGUAAAGAGGCUCUCGAAGGAACACCUGCUCUAGUCUGAAGAAUACGUCGAAUGCGGAAUGUCCUCUGCUUCAAGAGUGAACUUUGCUUAUGCUUUAUGUUCAGUAUAUAGAAAAGAGAAGAAGUCCCCAUGAAACUGCAGAGGACUUGUGGCUGUAGAGCUAGGCUGUGGGAUUGUCAUAGAGCAGCUUCCUGGUAAUUUCCUGCAGUUGUUUUCACUGAUUCUGUAGUAUAGGUAAUUUAUCUAGGUAGACCAUUUUGGUAAUGUGAAGUGAGAAUCAUGAGUGCAUAGAAAAAGGAGGUUUACAGUUCCUGCCUAUGGCUUCUUUCCUUCACCUCCAGAUGAUAUUUAUUCAUUCUUCCUGCA